GUUUGCUUGUUUGGUUUGUUACUUUAUGUGCAUCAUUUACUGAUUCCUUUUGUGCUGGUCAGAUGUUCCUGAUGGAGCAGAGUCACAGCAAAAAUUACCUCCAGAUAUCAGCAUCUCAAGACCGGUGGAUGCAGACAGUGCAGGGAGUGAACACUCUGGUUCACCAGAAAAGAGAAGCUCCCCACACCGCAACAGUCACUUGUCCAUCCCAUCUGCGGCUACAGGUUCACAGUCAGGAUCUCAUGAUGAGAGGUCUUUCGAUGAUGAUGAUAAUAAUUGAUGAGCUGAUUUGCCAACCAUCGGUCGGGUAGCAGAUUGAGUGCCAUGCGUAACAACAUUGGUUUUGGAGACAGUCCCUAUAUGCAUGGUUGUUUCCUUUCACUUGGGUUUCCACCUAGAGACAAGGAUGUGGACAGCCGUGAAAGUCUGGCAAGUGUUUACAGCAAUGCUGGGGAGAUCAACUAUGGGCGCAUUCCAGUAACAGGAGACAUUGUCUUUGGCCUGGACUAUGACCAUCGUCACUCUGUGCUGAAGAUUGACGUGAGGAACUGCCAGAACAUUGCGCCUGUGGACACAAAACACAACCGCUCAGAUCCCUAUGUGAAAGUGUACCUACUACCAGACAAAACUCGCUCUGGAAAACGGAAAACAAAAAUCAAGAAGCAUACCCUGAACCCUGUGUUCAAUGAAGUGCUUACAUACAACAUUUCUAGAGGAGAGUUGGAAAAUCGAACUCUGUGGGUGACAGUAUGGCAUAGUGAUCGAUUUGGACGGAAUGAUUUCCUGGGAGAAGUUCUGAUUGCUAUGGACACUUACCGAUUUGACGAUCCAUCCCCUUGCGCAUACUCUCUGCAGUCACGGGCACAAGAGUCGGUGGGGGAAGCAAUGCAAUACAAGGGGGAACUCUCUCUGUCAUUAAUGUAUGUCACACCGGAGAAGGUUGCAGCAGCCUCUCAGAAGUCCAAGUCCAAACUAAAGAAAUCAAAAUCUGCAGCGGAACCUAUGGGAGAGAUUCACGUCAUGAUCAAAUCUGCCUCCAAUCUCACUGCUGUGCGAUCCAAUGGCACUUCAGAUCCCUUUGUGAAGGGAUAUCUGUUGCCUGAUCGUGCACGAAAUGGUAAACAGAAGACACCAGUAGUGAAGAACACUGUCAACCCAAGCUGGAGCCACAUCCUAGUCUUUGAUGGUAUCACACCAGAAGAAAUUCCAGAACGCAGUCUGGAGUUGACAGUCUGGGACCAUGAGAAGCUUGGUACCAAUGAAUUUCUGGGUGGCGUUCGACUCAACACUGGUCUUGGUGUGGCAAAAGGUCUGCAGGUGGACUGGAUGGAUGCCCGGGGAGAAGAAGCCAUGGCGUGGCAAGCCAUUAUGGAGCGUCACAAUGUUUGGAUCGAUGCACGUCUUCCACUUCGUGCCUCUAUGGGUAAACCUUCCAAAAAAUGAUUGGCUUUGCUUGCUCUGGCCUUCUUGGAUCUUAGUGGUGACCUACAAAUAGUUUUGAUUCCACAAGAACUUCUGCUGUUGAAGUCAGGGACAAUUUGUGUGCAAGAAGGCAUCUUGAUGAUGAAGGGAUUUGUUUAGGCAUGUGGAUUGGAAUCAGCAUGCCUUUAAUUAAUUUUACAUUUAUGCAAGACAAUUCUUUUGUCACAAGCAUUUAUAACAACACACCUGAUAACACUUUUAUUUUAAUCAAAGUAAGGUUCAUGUGCUGAAAUUUUUGUGCUGAGUUUUGCAGUAUGAGAGAUGCUGCCUGGCAGAAACAAAACCAACCAAACAAAAAGUAUCAGGCUCCAAGAUCUGAAAUGUUAAUGCAUUUAGUAGUAUACUUUGAAAAAAUUCAAAUCGAAUUUAAUCCAAAAACUUCUUCUGACUUAUCAAAGUAUUCAGAGCAAUUAAACACUUCUAAAUAUGUUCAGCAGCAUUAUCCCACUGUAUUACUGGUCCAGAGAUCAUUCAUCUUUUGAUUUCUGGGCCACAGAGCUAUUUGACUUUAUAUCAAAAGAAAGGCCACAGAUGGAACGGGAGUGGUACAGAACAGUUGAGUAUCAUCGAGUGGUUGUACCUUGCCACAAUGCAGAUCUCAUGCCAGGACUUGGUUUUGUAGAGUGCCAGUGCAUGUGUGUACAGAGAUAUCAGCCUUACUAUAUAGAGCUCAUGAGACUAAAUAGCAGACUCAGUUUUUGAUGCAUAGUUUUGCUCAACCUUGUCAUUGUCUAUCCUGUGUGCAUGACACUCCUUACAUUUCCAGAAUAAUAUUAGUGAUCCUUGUAAAACUGGCUUACGUAUUAACAGUAACAUUGCUAACAUUAUCUUUGUACUGAUUCUGGUGUGAAAAAGUGCUGUAAAUAAAGUUUUCCACACCAUUAGAAGCGAACAUUA